AUGUCGGACGCCGAUUUUAACGCGGUCAAGGCCGCGCAGGCGGAGCGCAACGCGAGCUCAGGAAAGCGAGGCAUCAACGACGCUUCAGGCCAGCGCACUAACGGCACGAAGGUGUCCCUCACGAAGGCCAUGGACACGACUCUAUACGGCGACGACGACCGCUCGGCUUACAACACCAGCAUCGCCGUUGACGAUGACGAAACCAUGGCGGACGGCGACGAUGAUGGCGAUGGCCGGCUGGUGGGCCAGUAUACGGCUACGGCUGCACAAAUUGGUGAGUGGGCGCAUGGAGAGACAGCAGAGGACGAUAUUCUGGAUAGCCGGGAGAAGCAGGCGCAAAUUGCGAGCCGGGAGACGGAUUAUCAAAAGCAGCGGUACAAGCGCACUCUGGAAGGUGGUGAGGACAAGACGUUCAAGGAGGUCAUGGAGCAGCGAGAACUUGAGCGGGAGGAGGCACGCGUGCGGGGCCUCUUGGAGGCAAAGAAGAAGGAGCAGAUCGCGGCAGGCGAAGAUGAUGAUGACAUGGACGGUGUCGAACAUCAGGCAACGCUCCAGAAUGGCGAGGUCGGCACCCCGGAGCCCGAAGACAAGCACACAUACAACGAAGACUCAGAACGACCCGCCGCACCCAAGAAUCGGACUCGAAAGCGGAGGUGGGACACAUCUGGAGACACUAGUGGGGAUGUGGCGAUGAGCGGCGCAAACGACGAUACAUCUACGAACGGCAUCAAUGGCCAUGCUGCCAAUGGUGCGGAAGAUGCAAAGAGGUCGCGAUGGGAUUCUACGCCUGCGCCAGAGAGCGACAGUGGAGCUGCCAAGAAGCGAUCAAGAUGGGAUCUUGUCUCGAGCGGAGGCGCGACAUCUGCGGCGCCAGACGCUACUCCUGUAGCGCCUGCUUUCGGAACUGACCCAUCUGGUCGAAAUGCGGCAAUCUCGGACGAGGAGCUGGACGAAAUGUUGCCCAGUGAAGGCUACAAGAUCCUCAUUCCACCCCCAGGUUACGAACCUCUACGAGCUCCUUCCAAGCGUCUCGCACCGUCUGCUACUCCAGCGCACACCGGUGGCUUCAUGAAUCAGGAGUCAGUUGAUCCACGAUCAAUGGGCAAGCAGCUUCCUUCAGAAAUUCCGGGUGUUGGAGAUCUCCAAUUUUUCAAGGCCGAGGACAUGGCCUACUUCGGUAAACUCGUUGAUGGCGCCGAUGAGAACGACCUUAGUGUGGAAGAACUCAAGCAGCGCAAAAUCAUGCGGUUGUUGCUCAAAGUGAAGAACGGCACUCCGCCUAUGAGGAAGACUGCUCUUCGUCAACUCACGGACAACGCGCGUGCUUUUGGUGCAGGCCCACUUUUCGACCAGAUCUUACCAUUGUUGAUGGAGAAGAGUCUCGAGGAUCAGGAGCGCCACUUGCUUGUCAAGGUCAUUGAUCGUGUUCUCUACAAGCUCGACGACCUGGUGAGACCCUAUGUGCACAAGAUUCUUGUCGUCAUUGAGCCAUUGCUCAUUGAUCAAGACUACUACGCUCGAGUUGAAGGACGUGAGAUCAUCUCCAACCUCGCCAAAGCUGCUGGUCUUGCUCAUAUGAUUGGAACGAUGAGACCUGACAUUGACCACGUUGACGAGUAUGUCCGCAACACCACAGCACGAGCCUUUGCUGUUGUGGCUUCCGCGCUUGGUAUUCCUACCCUUCUUCCUUUCUUGAAGGCAGUCUGCAAGAGUAAGAAGUCAUGGCAGGCUCGACACACUGGUGUCAAGAUCGUGCAGCAGAUUCCCAUCCUCAUGGGUUGUGCCGUUCUUCCUCAUCUCAAGGGACUUGUGGAGUGUAUCGGCGAGAACCUCAACGACGAGCAGGCCAAGGUCAGGACAGUCACAUCGCUGGCCCUUGCUGCGCUCGCCGAGGCUUCCAACCCAUUCGGUAUCGAGAGCUUUGACGACAUCCUUAACCCGCUAUGGACCGGUGCUCGUAAGCAGCGCGGAAAAGGUCUCGCCGGUUUCCUUAAGGCUGUCGGUUACAUCAUCCCUCUCAUGGACGAAGAAUACGGCAACUACUACACUUCCCAAAUUAUGGAAAUCCUCCUCCGAGAGUUCCAGAGUCCGGAUGAGGAAAUGAAGAAAGUCGUUUUGAAAGUCAUCAGCCAGUGCGCUGGUGGCAAUGGUGUCACCGCUGCUUAUUUGAAGGAGACUGUUCUCGACGACUUUUUCAAGAGUUUCUGGGUCCGGAGAAUGGCUUUGGAUAAGCGGAAUUACAGACAGGUUGUUGAGACCACGGUUGACAUCGGUCAAAAAGUCGGGGUUGGCGAAAUUGUGGAACGCAUCGUCGGCAACCUCAAAGACGAAAGCGAGGCAUAUCGAAAGAUGACUGUCGAGACGAUCGAAAAGGUCAUCUCGGCAAUGGGCGCGGCAGACAUCAACGAGCGUCUUGAGGAGCGUUUGGUGGAUGGUAUCCUUCACUCGUUUCAGGAACAGAGCGUCGAAGACAUUGUCCUGCUCAACGGAUUCGGCACUGUCGUCAACGCGUUGGGCACGCGAUGCAAGCCCUACCUUCCUCAGAUCGUCAGUACCAUCCUCUGGCGGCUGAACAACAAGUCCGCCACUGUACGACAGCAAGCAGCCGACUUGAUUACUAGAAUAGCCAUUGUGCUGAAGCAGUGCGAUGAAGAUGGCCUUUUAGGGAAGUUGGGAUCUGUUCUCUACGAGUAUCUUGGUGAGGAGUAUCCCGAAGUGCUCGGUAGUAUCCUCGGCGCUAUGAGAAGCAUCGUAUCUGUUGUGGGAAUCAGCAUGAUGCAACCUCCAAUCAAGGAUCUCCUUCCACGCCUGACACCCAUUUUGCGGAACAGGCAUGAGAAGGUACAAGAGAACACCAUUGAUCUUGUCGGGCGUAUUGCAGAUCGUGGUCCAGAAUCUGUUAAUGCCAGAGAAUGGAUGAGGAUCUGUUUCGAGCUGCUCGACAUGCUCAAGGCACACAAGAAGGGAAUCCGGCGAGCGGCCAACAACACUUUUGGUUUCAUCGCCAAAGCCAUUGGACCGCAGGAUGUUCUCGCCACCCUACUCAACAACCUACGAGUACAAGAGCGUCAGUCUCGAGUCUGUACCGCCGUCGCUAUUGGCAUUGUUGCUGAAACCUGUGCGCCGUUCACUGUGCUGCCGGCGCUGAUGAACGAGUACCGGGUGCCAGAGCUCAACGUCCAGAACGGUGUGUUGAAAUCUCUCUCCUUCCUCUUCGAGUACAUUGGCGAGAUGGCCAAAGACUACGUCUAUGCCGUCACUCCUCUCUUGGAAGAUGCCCUCAUCGAUCGCGACCAGGUACAUCGACAAACCGCUGCCAGCGUCGUCAAGCACAUUGCGCUUGGUGUCGUUGGUCUGGGUUGUGAAGACGCAAUGCUGCACCUCCUAAACUUACUCUACCCAAACAUCUUCGAGACCAGUCCUCACGUCAUCGACCGCAUCAUCGAAGCUAUCGAUGCGAUUCGGUUGGCAGUGGGCACUGGUGCUGUGAUGAACUAUGUCUGGGCGGGCUUAUUCCACCCUGCGAGGCGAGUGCGGACGCCUUAUUGGAGAUUGUACAACGAUGCCUAUGUGCAGAGUGCGGACGCGAUGGUGCCUUAUUACCCGGCUGUCGAGGAUGACAAGCUGRGGCGACAUGAGUUGUUCGUUGUACUGUAG